ACAGAAAAGUGGGCUAAACGGGUCGUACAGCUGUGCAAAAGUACGCGAAAAGGUACAGGUGGGAAAAAAAAAAAAAAAAAUAAGCUGACGAACGAGUGAACCUACUGUUGGCCCUUUUAGCAACACACAGGGGGGGGCUAGCUUCACCAACGAAGAUAGUCCCCACGGUUAACCAUUUCGAAGGAAUCGCGAUAUGCUGCAAGUUUCGCGAAAGCGGCCAGGCAUAACUGUGGACGUUCCCUUAUGUGCGUUAUGCCCACGUACGCGCAGCAAGCGCGGCAGUUCGUAGCAGCUGAAAGGAGAGGAAAGCCUAUUAGCAAGACUUAGAAGCGGCGAAGCGGUAGCGGCAUAGUCAAAGCGACAUAGCCGUAGUGACGUAGCCAAAGCGACGUAGCCAAAGCUGCGCAGGCAAGAUGAUAAAAGGCGUUCUAAUAAUAAACAACAAUGGGAAGCCCAGGUUCCUCCGAUUUUACGAUGGGAGUAGCCAUGAGAGGCAACAGAUGGUUACGAAGCGAAUUCAUGAAACAAUAAAGAAAAGGAUUACCAGUGAGUGCUGUUGUUUUUUGGAAGAUGAGGAAUUGUUCAGUCCGGAUGUGAAAAUUGUGUACAGGCACUUCGCAACUCUGUACUUUAUUUUUAUCAUCGACUCUAUGGAGAGCGAGCUGGGUAUUCUGGACCUAAUUCAAGUUUUCGUUCAAGUGCUAGAUGCGAAUUUCGAGAAUGUGUGCGAGUUGGACUUGAUAUAUAAUUACGAGCAGAUCAACUACAUUCUGGAUGAGAUCAUAAUGGGAGGCAUCGUUCUGGAAACGAACAUAGACGCGAUAGUGGGUUCCAUCAAUGGCGCGAAGAAGUUAAUUGAAAACGAGUCCUCCUUCUUUGGCGACUGAGUGGACGGGGGGUACCAGUCACAGGGAAGACU